AUGGUGUCAGCUGUAUACCAUGAUUACUCAUCAUUCAAUGAUGCUAAAGAUUUUGUCGGAGUAUUCCAAAAUUUUGAUAAAUUAGAUUUAUCCUUCAUUGAAAAGUUAUGGGGGACUUAUUAUUAUUAUAUGAAUAAUGACAUCUUUGCUACUGGUUUAUUAAUUUUUGCUACUCACGAAAUUAUGUAUUUCGGUAGAUGUUUACCAUGGCUUAUUAUUGAUCAAAUCCCUGCUUUCAGAAAAUACAAAAUUCAAGAAACCAAGAUGCCAUCAAAUAAGGAACAAUGGGAAUGUUUUAAAUCAGUUCUUAAAUCUCAUCUUUUAGUUGAAGCUUUACCUAUUUGGUUUUUCCAUCCAAUCUGUGAUAAAUUAGGUGUUGGAUUAACUGUUCCUUUCCCUUCAUGGACAACCAUUGCUUUCAAUUUAGCCGUAUUUUUCGUCUUAGAAGAUGCAUGGCAUUAUUGGUUACAUAGAGGUUUACAUUAUGGGGUUUUUUAUAAAUACAUUCAUAAACAACAUCAUAGAUAUGCUGCACCUUUUGGAUUAGCUGCUGAAUAUGCUCAUCCUAUUGAAGUUAUGUUAUUAGGUUUUGGUACUGUUGGUAUUCCAAUUGUUUAUUGUUAUAUCACUGGUAAUUUACAUUUGUUUACUAUUAAUUUAUGGGUUGUUUUAAGAUUAUUCCAAGCUAUUGAUGCUCAUUCAGGUUAUGAAUUCCCUUGGUCAUUACAUCACUUCUUACCAUUUUGGGCUGGUGCCGAUCAUCAUGAUGAACAUCAUCAUCAUUUUAUUGGUUCAUAUGCUUCAUCUUUCAGAUGGUGGGAUUUUGUUUUAGACACUGAAGCUGGUCCUGAAGCUAAGAAGAAGAGAGAAUUAAAAAUGAAACAAAAAGCUGAAAAAUUAAAUUAG